CAUACCCAUCCUCUGAUUUUGGAGAUAGUUACUGUGAGUAAUGUUUGUUGCAGUGAAGCGUCAUGUGUGAGUCUGAUCAUUGACCAUAAUGGUGUUAUUACAUGAGUUUGAGAUCAGCAAGGCCUGUAACUGGUCAGAUGUCCCCACAGCUUGUGAUGGCCAACACCUGGUCCUUCCCGUCUCUAAAGCUGUGGUGGGGGUGUGGAACAUGCAGGAUCUUACAGCAGAGCCUUUACCUCUGGUUGGCCACCACAGGGAGAUAUCUGCCAUAUGUUUGGGCCAUAGCUCCCUUCCCAAGCUUGUCUGUUCUGCAGCAUCAUACUACAUUAUUGUAUGGGACAUUCAUAAUGCUACACAGUGCCAUCAAAGAGGGGAGACAAUCAAAGGGACUAUAGUUGGAACCUCUUUAGGAAAUGUGCAAUGUGUGGCCUUCAAUCCUGAUGACUCCCUUCUGGCUGCAGCUGUUCAAAACCAAGUCCUCAUUUUGUCAGCAAAGACAGAAAAGCUGAUAGCCACUCUAGAAGGCCACACAGCCCUGGUGACAUCUGUUCAGUUCUGUCCACACUACACAUUCACUGUUGUCUCUGUCUCCGAGGAUCGCACAUUUAAGGUGUGGAAUGUCAAGGAACUGUCCCUGGUCUAUCAGUCAAGCAUUAUCUCUGGCUCUCCGUUCAUUUCCAUGGCUAUGAAUCCAAAUAAGGAACAGGUUGCCAUAGGAACCACAGAUGGUCAGCUGAGAAUCUACGACAUGACAGAUGGGAAUGGUUUUCGCUGUCUCCAUCAUCUAGAUGUGGUUAAGAUAGCUUCAAGGAUCAACUGUGGGAGGGAAGAGGCUGAGAAGUCCAGUGAACUAAAUGGCCCAGUCACUGUCAGUAGUCGCCCAUCUUGGCAAAGGGACCUAACUCAGUCUGGCUAUGAUAAUAGUGCUGAUGAGACUGAUGUCACAGAAAGGGGAUGUGCAAUACUGGGGUUGUGUUACUCCUACCAAGGGGAGACAACAGCUGCAGCAACGGACAUGCCUGCCUUUAUACAGAGGGAGAAUACAACCGUCAGAGAACUACUGACAUCUGCUCCCCUCCUUGUUGUGGGUACCUCUACAGGCUUACUGCAGGUCAAUGCAUUCACCCUAGAGGUCUACCAGUACUGGUCACUGCAGAACCCCAUCCCAUCAGCUAAUGGAUCAGGAAGCACCUCAGUAAUGACAGCCAGCUCUGUGUAUCUGACCCAGGGAAAGCAACAACAGGUUUGGUGCAUCCUGGGAAGCCUCUUCCAGAAUAAAAUUCACAUCUUGCGGUGGGACUUGGUGACUCCUCAGAAACCAGUCUCCAUGGUGAUGCCACCUGUGGAUGCAAGUCUGAGUGACAGGAUGUGUCAGCUAAUGACUCUGUCUGAUGAUAAGGGGGAUUUUCCUGGGGAGGAGACAGUGAUAACAAUCCUGUCACAUGCUCCUCUGCUGGAAAAUUCUAUUCUGAAAUCAGAGCUCCUACCCAAACAGAAGAAUGGUGCCAAACCAGUCACUGGGAAAGGAAAGUCCUCUAACCCAGCAACCAAGAAACUCCCAGGUUCUGUGUCAGAUCAACCAUUGACAUUUAAAUCGAAGGUCAAAUCUUCAGGUUAUACCGCUGCUCCAAGGUUAGGAUAUAGAAAAGGAAUGUUUAACCCACAGACCAAUGUCAACAAAGGCAAACUACCUGGCAAGAAACCCUCUCCGUCUCUCUCAGACAGAUUAGUAAUGAAGGAAUAUCCCAUAGACGACGGCGCCCCAGUCCACUUCUGUACCUCAGUGUGUGUGGCAGAGCGCCCCACCCCGAUCAACUCCCUCACAUUCUCAGACGAUGGACACAGCCUAGUGUGUGGUUUGGGAAACAGAGCUGUUCAGGAGUUUACUGUACCUCUUACAGGAAAGGGCACAGCAUUUACAGGUCAUAAUGGCCCAGUGUCUUAUGUCCAUUGUAGUCAUGGCAACCAUCGUCUUGUGUCCUCAUCAGAAGAUCGCACAGCAUGCCUGUGGGUCAAAUCUCAGUCAGAACCAAUCCUGAUCAUUGAUAAAGUCAACAACAACUUCUCAGCUCACAGGGAGAGUGUGGGGGUAAAAAGUUGGGAGAAGGAGAACCCAUCCUUCAGCAAGGAUGUCAGAUGUGCUCAGUUUUACUAUGUGGACAAGUUUGUUUUGCUUGUCUCGGGGAAUUCCUUCUAUCUGUACAAAUAUCACCUAGAUUCGACAAGAGAAGAUAUCAAAAGGUAUUUAACAAAAAGUCGCUACAAAUUGGUGAAGUCUUUCCAGCUGCUUCAAGCUCAGACUAUUACAACAUUAACAGCUGUCAAUAGUUUUCAUUCUUAUGUUACCAUGGCAGCAGGAUCUGACAGGUCUGUGAAUAUCUAUGAUCUGAAUGAAGGCAGAAUAUCUCGAGUGAUGACAGAUGUCCAUACAAAACACUGCCAUGUUAUCUGUCUGAAUGAGGGCUCAUCAGCUGUGUCUCACCCACCCAGUGUCUACGACCUGUUUGUAACAGCUGCUAUGACAGACAGCAUCAAACUGUGGGACAUUAGGACAAACAGGUGUGUGAGGAGGUAUGAGGGACAUCAGAACAGGUGCUACCCCUGUGGUUUGGCCCUCAGUCCAUGUGGACGCUUCCUGGCCACAGGGGCAGAAGACAAAUCUGCAUAUAUCUAUGACUUAAGAGCAGGGGCAUACCUUCACAAGAUGACUGGCCACACAGAUGUAGUCUCUGAUGUUGCAUUUCACCCUAUCAAACCACAGCUGGUUACAGCCUGUUUGGAUGGGAAAGUUCGUGUCUUCACCACAGCAUCUUGACAAACCACCAACCAGAAUCAGGAAGAGCCUGUUUGAUGGGUGAUACUGAUAAUACUACUGUAGAGCUUAGAAGUCCAUCAUGUGUCAUAAUGUAGCAGAUAGUGCUGCUGUGAUGAUCAGAGACAUGCUCAUGCUAUGGACAAACAGCAACCCGCUGAAAUCAUGUCACAGGUCUGCACCCUGUUGAUCAAUCCACAUCACAACAAGGAGACUUGCCAAGAAAUCGCAGACAGUGCCUCAUGGUUGUCAGAAACAAUUAAGCACAAGUUCUUUGAGGAUUAAAUUAUGAAUUUGAUGAUAUCAAAUUAUGCACAUCUCCAUCCACUGUUGUAUUAAAUAAUGUAUGAGAAAAUAAAAGCAUUUUCAUUUCAAUGAUGAUUUUGUUUAUUGUACCUUUUUAUUUAAUCUUAUUUCAGUCUUAUGUGAUAAAAUAGAGAAACAUAAAUAAAGGAUAUUACAAAAAUCACAGUCAAGUCUAAUAUUCUUAUUAUUCAAAUUUCUCAACAAUUUAGUGAAUGACACAGCUUUUUGUGUUUGAGGAAUGUAUCUCAUUAAUACAGUGCAUAGUACAACCCUUAGCAAGACGUCUCGACAGAGAUAUCACAGAGUUACACACUGAUAAACAUGCUGGCACAUGUUUCAUACAUAUACACUAGUAAAGAUGCUGACAAGUGUUACCUGGAUGUUUUGCUCAUUCUGUGCCAGUAAGACCAAUAUCUAGGUGAGUUAGAUCAUGAACAUGGGUUUUGUAGACAUAAUCAACUGGUCCAUACAAGCUGGUUAUGGACAUGUCAAUGCAAAGAAGAAAACAUACUGGGACCUCUCAAAAAUUUUAAUGUACAAUUGGGAAACACAAAAUCUUGUUCAAUUAGAACGACCAUAUGAAUACGAUGUUUCUAGAAAAAAUAAUGCACCAUGGAUAUUGCCAUAAAUAAAAACAGAGAAAAAGUUUAUGACAGAAGUAACCCUGUUAGUACUGAGCAAAGUCAGUGAUCACACAGAGUGUAUGUAUCAAUGUUAUAUGUUCAUGUCGCUCAUUAAAUUAAACAUAUAUGAACUGGGCAGUUUGGAAUAUUUCACUUGUAUAUAUAUUUUGACAUCAUGCCAAAAUCAUACACGACCUGGAGGACAAUCAAACGUUUUUGACAAAAAAGGGGGAACAAAGUUAGGAGUAGGAAACAUUUCUUAAACAUCACACUUGGUAAAAAAAAAAUAUUUUCUGUAUUACUUACAGAAAUGAAUGUCAUACAUGUAUGUGUUUCACCAGUGAUUCGGGUGACCACAAAAUCAUUCACCAUGCCUGAGGAAUGGUCCACUAAACUACCAUAGUUCUUGAGUAAUUCAUACCAAAGGUAUGUCAUCAUGACUAUCAGGCCAGUUGUGACAUAACAGCAUGACAAUCAGGCCAGGUGUGACAUUACAGCAUGGUAAUCAGGCUAGGUGUGACAUAACAGCAUGACAAUCAGGCCUGGUGUGACAUAACAGCAUGACAAUCAGGCCAGGUGUGACAUUACAGCAUGAUAAUCAGGCUAGGUGUGACAUAACAGCAUGACAAUCAGGCCUGGUGUGACAUAAAAGCAUGACAAUCAGACUAGGUGUGACAUUACAGCAUGACAAUCAGGCCAGGUGUGACAUUACAUCAUGACAAUCAGGCUAGGUGGUACAUUACAGAAUGACAAUCAGACCAGCUGUGACAUUACAGCAUGACAAUCAGCCCAGGCGUGACAUUACAGCAUGACAAUCAGGUCAGCUGUGACAUUAUAGCAUGACAAUCAGGCCAGGCGUGACAUUACAGCAUGGCCGUCACUCCAAGUGUGACAUUACAGCAUGACAAUCAGGCCAGGUGUGACAUAACAACAUGACAAUCAGGCCAGGUGUGUGACAUAAUAGCAUGACAAUCAGGCCGGGUGUGACAUAACAGCAUGACAAUCAGGCCAGGUGUGACAUUACAGCAUGACAAUCAGGCCAGGAGUGACAUUACAGCAUGACAAUCAGGCCACGUGUAACAUAACAGGAUGACAAUCAGACCAGGUGUGACAUAACAGCAUGACAAUCGGGCCAGGUGUGACAUAACAGCAUGACUAUUUGCCCAGCUGUGACAUUACAGCAUGCCAAUCAGGCCAGCUGUGA